AAUGGUAUGAUUUAAUAGAAAUAAAUAACGAAAAAGAUAGCGAACCAAGUGAUUCAGAAUAUGAUACUGCUGAAGAAGAACCAGAUAUUCAUUUUGAAAAAAUCAAGGAUCCAUACAUUAAUAGAAUAGCAGAAGCCAGAAAAUUUAAUGAAGAUAUUUAUAAAAAAGAAUUAGUUCUUAAGGGUGGAUUAAAGCAUGAAACUAUAGAAAUUAUUAGAAAAGAUCGAAUCAAUACAACUAUAGAAAAAGGAUAUAAUGAAAUUAUAGAUCAAAUAGAAGGCGAGGCAUUACAAGAAUCGGGAUGGUCUUAUGUUCGAGCAGAAGAAGUAUUUCUUGAAAUAAGUGUAUUCAGACCAUUACGAG